CAGGACAUUACUGCUGCAUUACAACACUGGAUUUAUGACUUUCCCCUUUUGGAUUUAUAUUAUUUAAAUAUCUAUAUGUGUUUGAUUCUACAUCAAUUCUCAGGGGUAACAUGGAAGUUUGCUAAAGUUCCCUCCAUUCAAGACUGAGGAGCAUGUUGAUCACAAAGAUUGAAGCCAAGGAGGCCUGUGAUUGGCUGCAAGCGGCCGGCUUCCCUCAGUAUGUGCAAUUAUUCAAAGACUGCAGGUUCCCCAUUGACACCGAGUGGGCGAAGCGUGAUCACCACUUCCUGGAUAAGGAUGCCCUCGACUCACUUUUCAGGAGAUUAAGCACUUUAAACAAAUGUGUGGAAAUGAGGCUGGAGCCGCGGAGAUCAAAACGCAGGGGAGACAACUGUGACGAAGAAGAUUUCUGUGCCAUCAGCCCAAACUGGACCUACGACAGGCGGACGCGGCGAUGGCGACGCCUUGACUCCACGUUGGACAUCCUUCGCUUGUCUGACAGCCCCACCGGACCCCAGGAGGCGUCUCUGUGUGAUGGCAGCGACCACCAUGAAGUCUGCUCCAUCCACAGCUCCAGCAGCACCGAGAGUGAAGGCCAAAACGGACACCACAAGAGGCACAGAGACGCUGCCACCAUCACAGCCGCCUCCAUCAGUGCUACCACCAGCACCACAGACGAACAGGAGACCAGUCGGAGCUCCUCCCGCUGUUCCUCCACGAAUAAGACGACGUGUCUGGAUCCCUCGUUUAGUGGACCUCCUUCUCCUGGUGGAAGUUGUGGAGAAUCAUCCAACAUGAGCGUGGAGGCUGAAGUCUGCCUCCCAGACAAACCGCCCAGGAAGAAGGGUACCAGUCUGCUGAGGAAGAUGGAGAAGCUGAGGCUGAGGGGAACACAUGGCCUCCUCCAUUCAGCUCAGAGUGGUGGUGGUGACAGUGCACGGCACCUUAUCAGUGGACCGGUUCAGGUCCAGAGUGUGGACAGAAUGGAGAGGCUGCACGGCCCAUCAAGCCUGCUGGGUCAACCAAACAGCCGUGCAUCCUCCUCGCCCUCGUCUCCUCACACGAUCAGCAGCAGCAGCAGUAACAGCCACUCGGAGAGCAGCAGCACCGUCAGCACGCCCAGCCCAGUCACCCGGGUCAGGAGUAACUGUAAGCGCUCCAACAGUGGUGCUGGGGUCGUUGGAACGACCCGGAACAACCAGAAUCACACAGGGACAGAGGACUACAGGAACCAAAUCAACAACAAUAACAACAUCAGCCACGAGAGUCUGGUCUUCCAGGUCCCCCAUGGACACAAACCCGGGACCUUCCCCACCUCCCUCGCACACAAACACGCCAUCCUGUCCCCCAUCAUCGACAGCACAUCAGUCAACUGGAGGACUGGGAGCUUCCAUGGAUACCGCGGGCGUCACAGUUGCCGCCGCGGCAUGUCAUCUCUGGCCACCGGGGAGCAGGACCCCUCGUCUUCUUCUUCCUGUGACGUCGGAGUCCCCAGCCCGCUCGCUGUGCUGGAUCAUCGGCUGAGUAUAUAUGACAACGUGCCCGACGACCAGCAGCUGUCUGACAGUGAAGGUGGCAGUGGUGGAAGUGGCAGCGAUGCAGAACGGAUGGGGGAGGAGUCAGAGGUGAGUCAGCUGUUGGCAGGAGAAGACGUUUUCUCGGCUCUGGACAGUGUUUUAGAGAGGAUCGGCAACCUCCAACAACUGGUCUCCACUUGGACUGAAAAUCUAUCCGAGGACGACUGUCAGAGAGGUUCCUCCUCCUCUUCUUCCUCCUCUUCCUCCUCCUCGUCCUCCUCUUCUUCCUCCCAGGACUCACCUGACCACGGCUCAUCAGCCGCCUCGCCCUGCCCGUCCUCGCCCAGCCACAUCCACCUGGAAGUGCAGCAGCAACAAGAGGCAGAGGAGGAUGAUGAUGAUGAUGAUGAUGAUGAUGAUGAUGAGGAAGAGGUAAAGAUCCAUGAGGAGGUAGCUGUGAACAGUGAGGAGCCAAAGACCAGAUCACCACAACCCAGGAGCAGCAGAGUGAGCCAGCAGCUGCACUGGUCCAGCGAGCAGAGCCUUCCCUCCCUACCCACCAGUCCAGGAGUGGAGAACCAGUCUGUGUCCCAGUUCCUCCUGCUGCAGAAACUCUCCCUGCUCAAACUCACCGCCCUGAUGGACAAGUAUUCCCCAUCCAGUAAGCAGGGCUGGAACUGGACUGUUCCUAAGCCGCUGAGGAAGACUAAGGGGAUGGAGGUGAAAGGCCGGCGGGUUUUUGGGGUUUCUCUGCUCCUCAGCGUCCAGCAGACAGGAGAGCCGCUUCCUCCCAGUAUCCUCAGAGCACUGGUCUACCUGAGGACUGAGUGUUUGGACCAGGUGGGACUUUUCCGCAAGUCAGGUGUGAAGUCCCGUAUCCAGUACCUCCGUGAGCUGGUAGAGUCUGACCCAGAUGGUGUUUCAUACGACGGUCAGUCUGCCUUCGACGUGGCCGACAUGGUGAAGCAGUACUUCAGAGACCUGCCUGAACCCAUCUUCACCAGCAAACUCUGCGAGUCCUUCCUUCACAUUUACCAAUAUUUUCCCAAGGAUCAGCAGCUGGUUGCAGCUCAGGCGGCCAUCUUGCUACUUCCUGACGAGAACAGGAUGGCACUGCGAACGCUGCUGUUCUUCCUGCGAGACGUGGUGGCCUGCGUGGACGAAAACCAAAUGACCCCAAUCAACAUUGCAGUUUGCCUGGCGCCAUCGCUUUUCCACCUCAAUACCCUAAAGAGAGACGCCAACGCAAAAAGGUCGAGUCAUAGGAAGCAUAGCCUGGGCCGCCCAGACCAGAGGGACCUGAGUGAGAACCUGGCUGCCACCCAGGGCCUGGCCACCAUGAUCACCGAGGCCCAGUGGCUCUUCCAGCUUCCAGAGUUCUGGCCCAGUCAGCAUUCAAGUGUUGCAAGCCCCACUAAGGACUCUCUUUCUGAGGAGGAGCAGGAGGACAGAAGGUGCAAGCUGCAGCUGAGCACCCAGCACCUUCUGAAGGAGGCCAGAGAGAAGAGCCGCAGCUGGGAGAGCCACCCAGCUCCAGAGCACGUAGAGCUGGCAUUCAAGAAGAAGGACGAUGGCUGCCCCUUGUGGAUGUGGCGUGGCUCUGUGGAGGUGGAAGCCCCGCAAAAGGAGCUGCUUCACCGGUUGCUGAGGGAACAGGAGCUGUGGGAGGGAAACCUGCGCCAGGCCUCUGUCAUCCAGACCUUGUCCAAGGACGCCGAAGUCCACCGCUACCUCCUCCAGGGCCAGGGCCACAGCCUGGGCUACUGGCCCCCACAGGAGCAUCUGCUGCUCAGGACUUGGCAGGCAGAACCAUGUCCCGGCCCUCUGUACGUGUCCUCUGUAUCCACAGAGCACCCUGAGGUGCUGGUGGAGGGGGUCAGGGCCAAUGUCCACUCCUGCCUCUAUUUGCUGGAGCCCACAGGAGCCAGGAAGACCCGACUGACACACCUCUGCCGAACAGAUACCAGGGGCCGGUCGCAGGAGUGGUACAGCAAAGUGAGCGGACAUCUUCUGGCCUCUGGUCUCCUGGCCAUCAGGAACUCCUUCAAAGCCGAACACAAAGAGACCAAGAUAUGAGUCAAGAGGACGAGGAUCCAAAGAUGUUGCACUAUUGUGGACUACCCACCCCAACAUGUAGUCAUGGCAGAAUGCUGGAAAAAAAGGAGACUACAGCAUUCUUUUCACAGGACUUUUUAAAAGUUUUAAAAGUGAAACUCGUGGCCCAGAGCACAGCAAGCAGGGAAGGUGACCUAUGAGGGCUUCCCUGAACCAUUUUUGUCUCUGGCUUCUUUUCGAGUUGCUGUAUGUGUUCGCUUUUUUUGUCAGUGACCUUGCAGAUUGCCAGCAGCACCCCGGCACUCCCUGCUGCGUCUGUUACGCUUCACACUCAAGUUCACAAAAAAAUGCAAACCAUGGCGAGCUUUGACAAAGGACAUUUUGAUGGGAGGAUGAAAAGCUGGGGCCUGAUUUGACUUCUAACUGGGGGAAAAGGAGUGAGGCAGAGCAAAGUGGACAGCGUGGUGACAUAUUUUAUUAGGAAUUGACAUUGUUAUUACCCAAUUAUUUGCCAUAUGCAUGUUAUCAAGAAAGAGGGUCAUCAUUCUCUAUCAAAUGAUUUCUUGUAGCCAGAGAAAGAGGCAGGGGAAACACAUGGCAGCUGUCUGGAAGAACACAGGAAAUAAGGACAGAGAACAUCAGGAAACAGACUUUCUGCCACCAGACAUUUGGCUACAGUGGAAAAGAAAGAAGGGAAGAGAAGAGAGUGGAACAAAGCAACGUCAAAGAGAGAAACUAGACACAGCUGCCCUGGAAAACGGUGCAGCCACUUGAUUUUGAGAUGUUGUCUGAGUCUGAUGCUGUGGCAACAGUUUCUGGGCAAAAAACAACAAAAACUCUAAGACAAUCAUCCAUGCAUCACAGCCAGCUUAAUUAACUUUUGAGGUGAGAUGAAACGCUUUUAAAUCGGAUGUUUCCUUUUACACACGGCACAGGAUCCAGCUGUGAGGAGGAAUUAGUACUGCAUCACAGACUGCCACCGCCAUCCAAACGCCUCUUUGUCUCAUUCGAGAGACUUUUCAAAUCAUCCCUGUGAAUUCGACCCGUUCAGUAACAGGACACGUGUGACAGUUCAAAGACAAGCCAUAUCUACCUCUUCACAGGACGCACCACAGUUACAUGACUUUGAAGCAUGACAAAGUUAUGAUUUGACAGAGGCAUCACCACGCGGAGGGGGAAGGAGGACUUUGUGUGUGUGUGUGUGUGUGCUUCCCGGCCCUUUGACGGAUAUCCAACCAGACAAUCCCCCCCUCCACCCAAACUUCCUGAAUUUUUUAACAUUUAUAUUUAUUCUUAGUGAGUUAAGAGCAUGACGUCCAUGUGUCUCUGUGCUUGUACAGUCUUAUUUCAUGUGGCACUUGAGUGUUACUUCACUUUUUGAGUCGGUUGUCCUACAUAUUUCAAAGUGUCAUUGUUUUGAAUUAGGUAAGGUAUGUGCAUGUAGAUGUCUACAAAUUCAUUCAAAGCAAUAUUUCAGAUUAUUUAAUUACUUAAUGUAUAUCUAAAAACAAAUGUUAUAUCUAAAAACAAAUCUGUUAUUUAAUUUCAAGCUUUCAGAAAAUGCUAUCUUGUUUGUGUGCGUGUGAAAUCUAAAUUUAUCAGUGCUGAACACUUAAUUAAAAUGUU